GAUUUUACUCCUACAAUUUAGAAACUUUUCUCAAAUUCCAGUGAAGAUAAACAUUACUUCAACCAAAUGAAACCAAUUUUACGAGCAAUGAAGUAUAGCGGGAUACUUCCUAUUACCAUACCAAAGUCAGGUACACCAACAUUUCGCGUGUUGUCUUUGGUCAUGGCCUACUCAGUGUGCAUUCAUAUUUGGGUAUUAAUAAUGGCGUACUUUAACGCUUGUGACAUCCUGUUGAAAUUACUUGAGAGGAGAGGCGACUUCCUUACACACAUCUUCAGUGCUCUGUAUAUGAAUGCACUGGUUUUCUCCGGAUGUCUGCCUGUUCUUAUGUGGCUUGACUGCCAUAAAUUUGUUACGUAUAUGGACGAAUGGAUUCGGUUUCAGGUCCUGUUUCUGAGAGUUACUGGAGAUGAUCUGAGUCUUUCGCUAAAGAGACAGUGUUUUGUUUACUCUUUAUAUGUGUCCUUCAUGACGGUUGUGGCAUUGGGAUUAAACAUCCACGAGCAAUAUUUCCCUCUGUGGAGAAUGCCCAUCUUCUAUAUAAUGUUGCUGCAGCUGAACUUAUUAUCCACGUUCCGGGGUGUGACAUUCAGUGCCCUUAAAAUUACCAGCUGCACUCUUGCCAGACGAUUUAAGGUCAGAAGCGAAGUACAAGAAAGUUUACAGACCAUCAGACUACAACUGCAUAGUCGUGCAGUGAAUGCUGAGGUGAACGCUUUCUUGCAAACAAUAUCGUUGUACCCGCCAGUAAUAUCUGUACUCGGCUUCAAAGACAUCAAUAGGGGACUCUUCAGAUCUAUCAUUGCUACAUUACUGACUUACUUAAUCGUAAUUCUACAGUUUGAUACAGGACGACAUUCCAAAAGUUGCGAUCUGAGCACAACUAGAUCUGUAUGA